AUGCAUGCCGGCGAUCGGCUGCUGGUGGCAGAACACUACCAGGAGCUCAUCCUGCCGGUGCUGCGCUGGGCGGCGGGCACCACCACAGCCUGCGCCACGCACCUCGUCUCCUUCAGCCGCCCCUGCAGCCUGCCCGUGCGGCAGCGGGAGGAGGCGGUACGGCACGCCUGCCGCCUGGCCGCCCUGCACCCCCCAGACUCGCGGGCCCGCCGCGCCUGCUGCGAAGUGAUCUGGGUGCUAGUCGUCGAUCAGCCAGCGUUUGGGCCGCUGCCCGCCGGCGCGGAGCUGCCGGCAGGUGCCUCGUGCGGCGGCGGCGAGCAGCCGCCACCUGCGGUGAUCGCGGCCUCGCGCUUUGAAGCCACACCGCACCAGGCUUACAACUCGUGGACGCUGGUCACGCUGCUGGCAUGCCUCUGCGGCACCCUGAAGCUGGGCAGCGGUGACGCCUCUGCGCUGCGGCGCCUGGAGGCCUGCAUCGCGGGCAGCUCGCCCCUGGCACGCCGCCUGGUGCAGCUGCUGGACGGCGCCGACGAGGAGCAGCAGGCGCAGAUGGUGCGCCUGCUCUACCCGCUUCUCCCACCUGACUCGGAGGAGGCGUCGCUCAUGAGCCUGUCGCUGAUGCGAGCGGGCGCCGCGCCUGUCAUGGAGCGGUUGGUUGGCCACGCCUGCUUCGCGCCGGGGGGGCGCAACGCGGCGUUGGCCAAGUGGCUCAGGAGCCUGCUGGAGGAGGUGAGGAUGUUCGAGGCAACAGAGCGCAUGAUGAUGGGGCGCCUGCCAGACCCCGACGCCGCCAGCGGGUCAUCUCCGGCUGCUGGCGCCGCCGCGGCCGGCGCCGCCGGCGCCUGCAGGCUCCGGUUCCUGCAGCGCUUGGAGGCAGCAGGCUCUGGGCCGCUGCGCGCGGCGCUGGCCGAGCUGGGUGUGGACGCAAGCGAGGGCCUCGACAGCAGGUGCCUGGCUGGGCUGCUGAUCACAGCGGCCAACGCCCCCGGCCCGGACGGCGGCGCCAGGGUGGGCACGGUUGUCGCCAAGCUGCUGAUGCCCCAGAUGCAGCAAGCAGUUCAGCAGGAGCUGCGGGCCGCCGUCGAGCAGCCAGGCGGCGGUGUGGCGGACCCAGGCCUGGUGGCCACCAUGGCCAGGCUGUCUGCUGCGCUGGACUGUCGGGACCCGGCUGGCGGCGAGGCGGAUGGGAGGGGCAGGCGCUGCGCGGCGUGCGGCGCCAGCCGCGGCGAGGGAGCCAGGCUGCAGCGCUGCUCCUGCCGCCUGGUGUCAUACUGCGACGAGGCCUGCCAGCACCAGCACUGGCAGACCCACAAGGCGGCGUGCAAGGCGGCGCGGCGGGCGCGCGCCGCGGCGUGA